AUGGUCUCUCAUCUCAUUCCGUUCUUUUUAUUUAUCAUCGUAGUGGCCAAGAAGGGGCCUGCUGAUACUCCGAUUGAUAUCACAAAAGAGCAUUCGCCCGAAGCACAAUGUCAUUUCUCGGUCCAUGAGAAAACUCACGACGGCCCUGAGGUCACGGGUAAGCGAAGAUCGUCUUCUUAUUUUGUUUUACAGUCAAACAGAAAUCACAGUCUUGCGCAACCCUUGUUUAUUUCUAGAACUUUGCUCUUUCAGGCACAAAUCUCCAUCAGGAACUCUACUACAAGAUCCAAUGUAAAUCGGAGAAGGGCUAUUGUUUGUUUGUGUCGAAUUGUACAGUAAGCACGGGGAAUGAGAAGCCCUAUGAGAUCAUCGAUGGCAAUGGAUGCACCACUGAACCAAGUCUCUUCGAGCACGUGAAGGUGAGAUUGUAAUACAAUAGGGCUGUUAAUUUGAUAAAAUUUUCAAAACGACGUUAUAUUGGCGUCAUUUUGGCUGAGUCAAAUUUAGCCAAAAUGACGUCAGAUAUACGAAGCUUCGACACGCGAGUUUAACAUGGACUGUGAUGAAAACUGUUAAUGAUAUCGUUUCCAUUUUAAAAGUGGUAUGUACCCACAAUAUUUUUACGAAAAUGUAUGUUAAAGUCUUGGCUUUUUUAGUAUCUGGACGACUCCACCGCCGGGAUUUACAAUCCUUUCCCCAUCAGAUUCAGAAAUCAGAACUCCGCUGUCAGAUUUCAAUGUUCUACUAAACUCCGGCUCCGAGAGACCGAGGGGUAUUGUGAAAGGCCAGCCUGUACGGCGAACGAGUACAGUGAGGGGGCGAACUUCCAUAAACAUGAGUGA